AUACGAAGUUUGCCGCGUUAAUGUUUUUGCGAACGCAGAUCACUUCGCACGUGCUUUCGCAUUCUCGGAGCUUAUUCAUUGUUGAACCGGCGGCCUUGUUGAAAGUGACCGCACCCAUAAUAUUACAGUUUAUUUAUUUUACUGUAUUACCUAAAUAGUUUUCGCAAUCUUGGGCGGGGGCGUGUGUCCUGUGGUGCCAGCUCCCGCGGGCGCAAAUUGCCGCGCACUUGUAAUCUAGAACUUUAUCAAAACAUUCUAGAAAAUUGAUUUGAAAAAACACACUUCUAUAAACUGUAAACUACCCGAAGAAAUGGAUCCAGAGAAAGAAGAGUUAAAAACACAAUUACAAAAAUUGCUGCUCGCCGUCGGAAAAGGGGUGAUAGAAGAGGUUGAGGAUGUAAUUAAUUGGUUCGAUCAGGAUCUGGCGCGAAAUAAACAAGUACUAGCCGAACUGUAUGCCCUCGGCACCCGGUGCCCUACACAGAAUGAUGUCAUCAUCAGUGCAUGCUUUAACAAACAGCCCGAUAUCCUGUAUUAUUUAUUAAAGAAGACCAAUAUCUUAGACUACCUGAUAGACCCGGCAAAUGAUGAAACAGUAGUACACAACCAGAGAAAGAAAGCGAUCCAACACGCGCUACACUGCGAUGCUUUCUGUAUGGUCGAAAUGUUAUACGACUAUUGGUGCGGUGACUUGUAUUGGAUAGGACAUGACGUACGAAAAUUUGAGGCUCUUGGCAGGCUGCUUGAAGACGCUCGCAUAGUCAAUAUACGACGUAGACAACAGUUACUUAUAAACUAUCACUCCCUCAUUAUGUUCAAUAAUUUCCAACAAAAUAUCUACAAAAGUCUUCCCACGAAAACUCCAAGUGAAAUCACACGCAAAGAAUUGGUUACUGCACUGGUUCGCGUAUUGGUUAUCUAUGAUAAGUUUUCGGAACUAGAUAUGGUUCGGAUCCGACAUGAUUCAGAUGUUGAAGAACGUCAACUGAGAAAACAUUUUGCAGACAGAAGCAGCAUGUACUAUAAAGGGCUUGCAAAUGUAAUGUACGAAGUUUAUUAUCGCAAGAUGGACUUUAAUGUUUCCUUGCUAAUAUUAGAGAAUUUACAUCUCCUUAGAGGUUAUUUAAUAAAACGGUUCAAUAAGACUGAAAAAUACUUCAAAGAUCAUUCGGAAAUAAAGAUCCGUUAUGAAAAUGCGGCAGAGUUGUACAAACAAACUGAAAGUGCAAUCUAUCACUUUGUCUACCGCACUUAUGAAGACUGGAGGCUGUACCUACCCAAGGAGAGACUGAUUACAGUAGAGAAGCAUCACAUGGGGCGUCACGAAGGUCAUUUAAUAAGAAACCUAACGUUAACGUACGAUUCCCGUAAAUUGUUUAACGGUUCCGUAAUCUACUUUGAGCGAAAGAGAUUCAAAUACUUGUUGAAAAAAUUUAAAAGAAUAUUAAAAAAACAUAUUCUCGGACGGGACCCGUCAUCAAGUUGGAUACAACAAGACUCUUCAGAAACGAUUACAAUUUUAGAUAAUAAUUACCUAAAGCCUAUUAUGUACAUGAAGAAUCAUUAUGCUCUUAGAAAAAUUAUUGAUUACAUACAGGCUAUCGAGAGUACUAAUGGCCUCAAUUUGUUAAUGAUUGAGAGAGUAUUACAAGUAAUCGGAGAAAUGACCAAAACCUCUAAAGAUUCUUGUCAUAUUUCGAAAUCUACGAAAGCGUUCCUACAAGUAGCACUGUCGGUGGAGACUACUCAUCUGAUUCACAACAUCAGGGAAUUCGUGUCCCACGCGUACAAGGGACAGCUGACCACGAGGAUACACAGCGAGAACCAGCAUAAACAAACAUUCCAUCAAAUUUUAAAAGAUUUGAAAGAAAUUAAGGAAGUAUUUAUUGCGAUUCUUAAAAUUUAUAAAUACAAACUUGAUAAAUCGUUACUAGAAAAAGGUUUGAGUCUUUUAAACAAACGACUUGAACAAUUGCCUGACGCAGCAUCACAAAACUUACAGAUAAUUCUAACCCAAUAUAAAACACUCAGAGAGGAUCUGUUUUUAGAAACUAGCGACUUUGUUCAACAAGUUUGGAAUCCCACAGGAUUCACUAUUCAACUUCUUAAAGAAAUUGUAUGGAUUGGGAAUAACAGAAAUGAGAUAUCGUUAAAAAUACAGAAAACCAAAACUAGCAUGGAUAACAGUGUUAUUGACAUAUUACCCAACUAUAUUCAAAGUAUAAGAAGAUGGCUGGAGCUUAUAGCUGAAAAUAAUAAUUAUGUGAGUAUGGCAAACACAGAGUUAUCCAAAUAUAGAAUUAAGAUACUGCCUGUUUGUCCCAAUAUGAAUGAAAUAAACAAAUGUCAAAACAGAAGAAAGGGAAUACAAAAAAGAAGCGGAAACCAGCAAGUAAAUGAUGAUUUGAAGGCUCUGGAUGACGUAAAGGAUUAUUCAAUUCAUUGGAAAUCCAUAAAAAGGAUUCUAAGGUUUUGUCUCGAUGAAUGUGAACUAUUUGCUUCCAUACGUCAACCUUUGAGUUUCGCUAGCUUAGAUGAAACGAGUAAGCCCGAUAAUGUGAAUUUAACAAAAGUACAUCACAUUAUAGAAGAGAUGGAAGCCGUAUGUUUAAUGCACACUUCUACACUCGCUUGGUUAACCGGGAGGAGAUUAAGUCUAUGGGGUUUGCAGAUUUACAGAUCUUAUAUAAGUGAUUCCGCUUCCAAGUCGGAAUAUCCAUCAUUUACAGGAAUAGAGACUAUGUACGAUAUCAACGUAUACAACAACAAGGCUGUGCAGGCAAAUUUGCCUAAUGUAAAAAACUAUCAGUUCUGGAGGACAGUUCAAAAAGAGUUGAUAUUGUGUCUAAUCAAUAGAGUAACGUUACUUCAAGGGGUAUUAGGAUACCCGCAAGUGGCAUCCGACGCUCAACUCAUUCGGAGAUAUAAGCAGGACAAGAAGUUUCGAAUAGAAUUGGAAAUGCUACUAGCGGAUAUAGGCAAUGUGUUAGGUCAGUGUAAUAAGACUAUAAAAAUCAUGAAAAAACCAACACAGUUACUAAGUGGAAUUGACUUGGGCAACGUUUUAGAUCACGGCGAUCCAUUUCUCGAGGUGUUAGCCGGUGUCUUCGAUACGUACGAGUUGCCGAAAGCAUAUGUGUGUAAAGCUAAAGAGCUUGCUGGCGACAAGCAAGCAAUCGAGGCACUGUACGAACUGUUCCAAUCUGACGUGGACCACUCGACUAUCAAAGGCAGUGAUUUGAGCAAAAUGAAUGAUACUCAGAAGAUCCAUUACGCCGAAUUCCAAAAAUCACAGAACUGGAAAAGCUAUGCACAUAUUUUUUUCGUCCCCAUGAAGUAUAGACCCAAUCCACCAGCUAAUCUACCAACCAACCCGCCGACCAACUUACCGACCAACUAACUUUAGUGCCGGAUUAAGUUCUGAUUUCGAAAAUUCUUCCAACUCUGAUGUUGGAAAGGUCUCUCAUAGAAUUUACAUGUUGUACUCAGGAUAGUUUUAUAGAAUUUUUAUUUUGUUUAUAUAUUAUACACAAGUUUUUUUGCAUUAUUUUAAAAGCCUAAUUAUUUGAAUAAUCAAAAAUAUAUCAGAAAUUUAUUUUUCAUAUA